GGGCACGUGACGUCAUCCAUCGUGAAGAUGGCGGCGGAGAAGCUGGAGUUCCACGAGAUGGGACUCGAUGAGAGAUUGAUCGAGGCCAUUGCCAAACUGAACUGGGUGCAGCCUACUCUUAUUCAGGAAAAGGCCAUUCCUCUGGCACUGGAGGGAAAAGAUCUACUGGCUAGGGCACGCACUGGGUCUGGUAAAACUGCAGCCUAUGCCAUUCCCAUCAUCGAACAUCUUCUCAACACUAAAAAGUCCACUUGCGAGCAGGCAGUGCGAGCCCUUGUGUUGGUUCCCACGAAGGAGCUGGGUCAUCAAGUGCAGCAAAUGAUCCGGCAACUGACAGCUUAUUGCACGUGGGACGUUCGAGUGGCUGACGUCUCGGGGCAGGCGGAUAUAUCAGCACAGAGGCCCAUAUUAAUGGAGAAGCCUGAUAUAGUCAUUGGCACUCCCUCCCGUGUUCUGCUGCACGUGGAACAGCACACUCUGAGUCUUUGUACCUCCCUGGAAAUGCUUGUGAUCGAUGAGGCAGAUCUACUCUUCUCAUUUGGGUUUGAAAAUGACCUGAAGAACCUUCUGGGACAUCUUCCGAAGAUUUAUCAGGCGUUCUUGAUGUCGGCCACAUUUAAUAAAGACGUUCAGGCACUGAAGGAGCUGGUGCUUCAUAACCCGGUGGUUCUGAAGCUUCAGGAGUCUCAACUUCCAGACAGCUCCCAACUGACUCAGUACCGCAUAAAUUGUGAGGAGGAGGAGAAAUUCCUGUUGAUCUACACGUUACUCAAACUUUCCCUUAUCCGAGGCAAGACUAUUAUCUUUGUGAACUCUAUUGACAAAUGUUACCGGCUGAAGUUAUUCCUGGAGCAGUUCAGCAUCUCCUCUUGUGUCCUAAACUCAGAGCUACCAAUCCACUCCAGGUGUCACAUCAUCAAUCAGUUCAGUCGGGGUUUUUACGAUUAUAUUAUUGCAACGGACGAGCAUGACCUGACUAAUGCUUCCAGUACAGAUGGGAUGAAGAAAAAGAAAAGCCACGGCAAAGGAGCAAAAGGGAAGGAUAAUGAAUAUGGGGUCUCCCGAGGGAUAGACUUUCAGAAUCUGUCAAAUGUAAUCAAUUUUGAUGUCCCACUCACAGUAGAGUCGUAUAUCCAUCGUGUUGGAAGAACAGCUCGCGUGGAUAACCAGGGUACAGCACUGACCUUUGUGUCGCACAAGGAAUUGCCGCUGUUACAACAAGUGGAAGAAGCACUAACUGGAGAGAACAUGGACUGUGCUUUGAAACCCUACCGGUUUCGCAUCGAGGAGAUUGAGGGUUUCCGCUACCGGUGUAAGGAUGCCAUGCGUUCAGUUACAAAACAGUCAAUUAAGGAAGCUCGGCUCAAAGAAAUCAAACAGGAGCUACUCAACUCUGAGAAAUUGAAGACCUACUUUGAAGAUAAUCCUAGAGACUUCCAGCUGUUGCGACAUGAUAGACCUCUCCACCCAGCAAUUGUAAAGCCACAUUUGAAGAACGUACCAGAUUACCUGAUUCCAAAAACACUCCGAGGAAUCGCUAAUCCUUUCAUCAGUAAGAGGAAGAGAUGGAGAAGCAAAUUCUCAAAAAAUAACCAGCAGAAAGAAAUAAAGGCUUACAAAAAACAGAAUCCACUAAGGAACUUUACAUUGACAAGGAGGAAAAAGAGGAAAACUAAAGAGGAGCCUGCAGAACCUUGAAAGAGAGGAUUUGACUGUAUGCAAAUCAGACAGUUUUAUGUUUGUGCCUUACCAUCAGUACCAGGUCCUUGCCUGCCUCUUGGAGUCUGAAAGUAUUGAGCUGCAUUUCUGUGCUUGACGUCAGGACAAUGGCACUAUCUGAAACAUUUCUCCAUUUAUACAGGAAAGGAUACUUCAAAGAUGUAUUGAAUUCUUAUGUUGUUUAGCCUUAAUUUACACCUUUAAGAAAUACUUUCUAUUGA